AUCAGCCUUUUUGCAGUUACUUCACUACAGGGGGCAGCAUAGUGAGUGCGUGACGUCGCGUAUGUUUUGCGUGUGUACUUUUAACGGGCAAUUUUUAUCUCCAUGAAGUCCAUGAAAGCAUGGGAUAUAUCAGAAGGCAGGCAUCCCACAGGAAAUAUGACUGUUGCAAUUGAGUGCGGUAAAGAUACUGAAGUCCGGUCAAACUGGUCCAGUCAUUCUAAUGAUAAGGUCCGUUCGUGUGAAGUGCAGUUAUUUAAGUGACUAGAGCACAGAAUAUUCACACCGUAACUUAUUAAUGUUUGUUCAUAUGCGGCAUUCCUAGGAAUAAAGUUCGGAAUUUUAAGUUAUUUUCAAUAAUCUUGGAACUGUUACAGUAUUAUUGCCUGAUAUUGGCCGUAGCUCAUAAGGAACGUGUGUGAUUCCAUGAAUUGUUGCUUAAUCAUAGGCGUGUUUCCUGAGGGACUUAACUAUGCAAACGUAACGUAGGUGUUUGAAAUACAUUUUCUCUAAUGUAUAGAAAUAAAUUGUAUAACUUCAGUGGCAAUCAGCUGAUAAACCUUGCUUAUUAAAGGCAGGUAGGAAACUUUUGUCAUAAGCAAUUUAUUGACUGACAUGGACAGCAGUGAAAAUUAAUUAUUUCCAAUAAGGAGUAUACACAAUUUUAUGGUAAUAUUUUGUCUCAUAACAUGUGUCAGCCCUAACCUUGGUAUUCUGUAUACGGUUGUGAAUUUUAUACAUAAAUAUGUAUGUGGUAUUAGGCGGGGGAAUUAGUGGCUUAUCAGUUGUCCACUACUUGCAGAAGUCAAUUUCAAAGCAUGUUAAACUUAUUGAAGCAAGUAGUCGGCUUGGAGGAUGGAUACGGUCAACAAGAACUCCUAGCGGAUUGGUUUUUGAGCAUGGCCCUCGAACUGUGCGUCCAAAAGGAGUAGCUGGAGAAAAUACUUUGGCAUUAAUUGAAGAUCUAUGUCUGGUCAGUAAAGUGGUGCCUAUUCCAUACAGUCAUCCAACGGCUCAAAAUAGGCUCAUUUAUGUUAAUAAUGCAUUACAUGCUUUGCCAUCCAAUAGCAUUUGUUCACUGUUUUUUACACAGCCACCAUUUACAAAACCAUUGGUAAGUGCAUUGUUUCAAGACUUGAAAGCACCAAGAAAUUUAGUUAAGGAUGAAAGUAUCUAUGAUUUUGUGGAAAGACGUUUAGGAAAGGAGAUUGCUGAGUAUGCUGUGAGUCCUUUAGUCAGUGGUGUUUGUGCUGGAGAUGCAAAAGAAAUCAGUGUGAAGUUUCUAAUGAAGUCCUUGUUUGAAGCAGAACAAGCUCAUGGGUCUAUAAUAAAAGGUACUCUUAUGAACAUACUUGGAGGGAAAUUAAGGAAUACAUUCCAAAGCAAAUGUGAACUUUUUGAGAGAGCUGAAAAGGAAAAGUGGAGUGUUUGGUCACUGGAUGGUGGACUUGAGCUACUGCCAGAAACACUGGGAAUUAGUAUUAAAAAGCACAAAGCCGAUGUGUUGCUCAAUUCUCCAUGUGAGGAAAUAAUAUUCCAGACUGGAAAAGCUGCAGUAAGAGUCAGGAAAGAGAUUUUUGAGUGUGAUCAUAUUAUUUCUUCCCUACCGGCAAAACAGUUGGCACCUCUUGUAGCUAAACAGCACCCAGAAUUAAGUGAAGAACUGUUUUCAAUCCCAACAGUUACUGUUGCAGUAGUGAAUCUUCAUUAUAAAGGCAGUCUGUUAAAGAAUAAUGCAUUUGGAUUUCUUGUUCCAUCAUCUCAGAAUCUGCCUAUAUUAGGAAUUGUGUUUGAUACGUGUUGUUUUCCAAAGGGUGACAAUACUGUUCUGACUGUGAUUAUGGGUGGGAGGUGGUUUGAACGAUUUUUUGGAGAAGAUUCAACACCAGGCAGACUUUUGAGUACAGCAGUACAGUAUGUGCAUUCAAUUCUCCAUAUAUCAGCUACACCUGAGGAUCAUCAAGUGUCAGUUUUAAAUAAUUGCAUUCCACAAUAUGUCAUUGGACAUUAUGAACGAAUAGAGAGAAUUAAAGCUUAUGUGAAUAAUCAUAAUUUACCUUUGUCCCUUGUUGGAGCAUCAUACAAUGGUGUCGGAGUCAAUGAUGUCAUACUGUCAGCCAGAACAGCAGUAGACAACUUAAUAAAAAAUAUUCAGACUUAACCUUCAUUGUCCAGGAAUAGGAAACUUACCCAAUACUUCAGGAGUGGUGGAUGGACUUCAACUGAGGUGAAAGAGCUGGAAAGAUGAUCCUUAGCUAGCUGGACUAAUGUACUCAUAUGUGCCACAACAGUCAUGUCCCACAUGGCCAAUAAAAUUUGAAUGUAAAGAGUACUGAUUAAUGGGAUGUGAUGUGAUGACAUUUAGUCUAGUAAAAGUGUAUGGACAUUUCAGAGAAACAUUCUGCCACCCCUCCCUCAACUACAGGGUUGAUGAAUAA